AAGCUGGAUAUGUGGCGCCGAUAAUCUCCCGUACCUGCACUCGCAACGACAGACUGUCAUUGGACGAUUAUUGCACGUGUUGCUGGGACUGGAUUUGUAAACAAGCGUUAACACAACCACGAUUCGCCCGUGCGUCUCGUGCACUAGAGAUUGACACUGCAGUGAUAGCGGCUUCACGGCUUCUCUUGCACGGGAUAUUACCAAAGGGUGAGAAAAUAGUUUCAAACAUGAACAUGAUGAAACAGUAUAUGAUGAGGUACUCGUCACCAACGUCAGUGUGAGGAGUGGAGUCAUGGCAGUAGGGCAAAAGUGUUAAGCAUCCAAACAGAAUCAAGUCAACCAUGGCAGACAGAAACACAGACAUCGAGGAACGUCUUGAGGACUUGAGUCCUGGGAUUUUGGAAAUCGAGGCAAAGUCCGAAGCAGGAUUUUCUCUGUCUCCAAGACGUGAAAAUGGAAUGAAGAAGUACAGUGGUGCCCUUUCACAUAUGAUUCCUGUCCGGAAAGCCAAAAGAUCCAAGUAUGAGUUCCCCCUGGCCAAGUCCGGCUGCAUCAGCGGACUCUUCUACAGCUGGCUCACCCCCGUCAUGUGGAAGAUCUUCCGGAAAGGUGUUGACUUCCUUGAGAACAUCCAGAUACUGGAAGAAGACUCAGCUAAAGUCAACUCAGACAGGUUUGAAAGGUUGUGGAAAGAAGAGGUCCUCACAGUGGGAGUGGCAAAGUCUUCCUUCGCUCGAGUCCUGUACCGCUUCGUCAAGACUCGAGUAAUUGUGGCGUUCUGCAUCAUCCUCAUUUUCUGUGCCUUUUCUCUGGCUAAUCCGAUUUUUUUAAUCCAUAAUUUCCUGGAAUAUUUGUCUCAAGGGGAAAUAACGGUGGGGACGGGCCUGGCGUACGUGGCAGGAAUAUUUCUGUGUGAGGCAGGGAGGACACUCACUGGUGCUGCCCUCUGGAACCUUGGAUACCGUUCAGGUGUGCGUGUAAGGGCUGGUGCUACUAGUUUUUUAUUUAAGAAGAUUUUACGAUUAAAGAGUUUAAAGAACAAGACUGUUGGAGAGCUUGUCAAUUUAGUUGGUAAUGAUGGCCAGCGUUUGUUCGAGGCAACUGCAAUCGGUCCUCUGGUGUUUUGUGCUCCGUUCGUGUUGCUGGGAGGUUCCAUAUAUGCUGUUUAUCUACUGGGACCUUAUGGUCUUAUUGGGACCUGCAUUUUCCUGGGAUUUUAUCCUUUCGCUGCACUGAUAUCAAGGCUCACAACUAAGUUUAGAAGAGAAGGGAUAAGAAUUACAGACAAGCGUGUCCGCAUGAUGAGUGAACUGCUGACAUGUGUGAAGCUCAUCAAGAUGUACGCAUGGGAAAAACCAUUCGCCAAAACAAUAUCAGACAUCCGGUCUAAAGAACGGGGAGUGCUGGAGAAGGCGGCGUAUGUACAGUCUCUCAGCACGUCCGUCGCCAGCAUGGUGCCUGUCUUCUCAUCCGUCAUCACUUUCAUCACUUACGUCGCUACAGGGAAUGAACUCACAGCUGCAAAGGCUUUCACGUUUGUGUCGUUGUUGAAUUCGAUGAGGUUCUCGCUAGGUGUGAUGCCAUACGCAAUAAAGGCUCUGGCGGAAGUGUUAGUCUCCAUGAAGAGAUAUAAGAGUGUGCUGUGUAUGGAGGAGAUCAGCCAGCCCAAGUGUACCGUGGCGUCCUCCAAUCAAAGAAUAGUUAUGCAAGAAGCCACAUUUAGCUGGGGCAUCAUUGAAUCUGCUGAGAAGAAACAUAACCAGGACAAUGGCAGCGUAUCGAAACCAAUGAUGAAUGGCGGUCACUUCACAGAAGAGACAACAGCGUUACGAGAAGCUGACGAGACAACGAUGCUGGAUGCUGUUCCAGAUCCCUGCCUCACAGACAUCACGUUUAACCUUGAAAAGGGCAAGCUGAUGGGUGUGUGUGGCAGCGUUGGUGCGGGGAAGACAUCCCUGAUCAGCGCCAUCCUGGGAAGAAUGGAUCUGUUGAGUGGGAAGAUUGCUGUCAAUGGCAGCAUAGCCUACGUCCCCCAGCAAGCCUGGAUCACCAACACCACUGUCAGGGAGAAUAUCCUGUUUGGGCUUCCAUACAAUGAAAAACGGUACAAAGAGAUCGUCAGUGCCUGUGCCUUGAAUGCAGACUUCCACACGUUUGUAUCAGGAGAUGCUACAGAGAUUGGAGAGCGGGGUCUCAACCUGAGUGGAGGUCAGAAGCAACGGAUCAGUAUGGCUCGAGCUGUGUACAGUGACAGUGAGAUCUACCUGCUGGACGACCCUCUGUCUGCCGUUGACGUCCAUGUCGGGCAUCACAUAGCCACAGAAGUUCUUCUGAAGUUAUUGAAGGGGAAGACUGUGCUGUUUGUCACUCACCAACUCCAGUACCUGGUUCACUGUGACGAGGUGAUGUUCCUGAAGGAUGGCCAGAUAGAGGAGAAGGGCACCCAUGGCGAGCUGAUGCAGCUGGACGGGGAGUAUGCCGGGCUGAUAAAGAUGUACUACUCUGAGCAGAUGGAGGAGGACGAAGAGGCUGACAUUGUACCUGAAGGGAGAUUGUCUUCACUGUCAUCAUCUAACAUUCACAAAGACAAGUCCGCCAAUGCACUUCCAGGGGAGAGCACUCCAGUUGGUAAACCCCCACCGCCACUUGAGAGACUGUUUUCUAGAGGGGCUGGGAUGGGGAACAUAUCCCCUAUAUCACACAAACAAGCAGCCCCCUUGGAGAGAAUGUUCUCACGGGGUGCUGGGAUGGCUCCUGCACCUCCCACCUUAGAGAGGUUGUUCUCACGGGGUGCAGCAGUGGAGAAGCCCCAGCCAGAGAUGUUCUCUGGGGGUCCCGGCGUGAGGGUGGAGAGACAGUUAAGUAGGUUGUCCUCAAGCAGCUCCGGUGAUGGUGAUGGAGAUGGGAAGUUGAUUGUUGCUGAGGAGAGAAGCACAGGGACCAUUGCCAUGGCGGUGUAUCGCCAGUAUAUGCAAGACGGUGGAGGAUGUCUCGUCUGUUUUGGUGUGUUUGCUGUCUUCUUCCUGGCCGUGGCCUCCCAGACGGGCGCAAACUGGUUUCUCGCCUACUGGCUGAACCAAGGCAAUGGUAAUAAUACAGUGGUCACCGUGGACAACGUGACCAUGUCCAGUAACAACGGGAAGAUCAAUGAGCACCCAUUGCAGAACACCUUCACCCUCAUCUAUGGGAUGUUUAUGGUGGUGAUGUUGUCGCUCAAUUUCUGCCGGGCCUUCGUCUUCAUGAAGGCUACACUCAAGGCCUCGAGUGGCCUCCAUGACCGGGCAUUCACACACAUACUAGACAGCCCCAUGGAGUUUUUUGAUACCACCCCUACUGGUCGGAUCGUCAACAGGUUCUCGGCUGAUAUGGACGAAGUGGACAUUCGUCUUCCCAUGCAAUCAGAAGUAUUCAUCAACAACGUCCUGCAAGUUGUCUUCUCCCUCUUGAUGAUCUGCUACAUGUCGCCAUGGUUUCUGGUUGCCAUGAUACCGCUCAUCGCAGUAUUUGGCUGCCUGUUUGUGAUGUUUGUUCGCUGUGCCCGCAACUUGAAGCGUAUGGACGCUGUUACCAAGUCUCCGCUGGUCAGUCACAUCACAGCCUCCGUCCAAGGAAUAUCCACCAUCCAUGCAUAUGGCAAGAUAGAGGAAUUCGUAACAAAGUUCCAGAAACUGCUAGAUAUCAAUUCCGUCCCUUUCUUUGUCUUCUACUCAGCAAGUCGCUGGCUGUCUGUGCGGCUUGACCUCCUCUGCGUCUGCAUCAGCGGCGCAACAGGCCUCAUCAUCGUCUUCAACUACGACAACAUCACACCAGCACUAGCUGGACUUGCCCUCUCAUUUGCUGUGCAGAUGACUGGACUGUUCCAGUUCACAGUGAGGCUUGCUAUCGAGACAGAGUCUCGCUUCACCUCUGUACAACGAAUACAGGAGUAUGCCAAGGAUACAUCCUCCGACGAUCUCAUGACUGUGUCCGACACCGAGCCCUCCACGGAUUGGCCGGCUGAGGGCAGAAUCGUUUACAAUCGGUUACGGAUGCGGUACCGAGAAGGAAUGCCUUUAGCCCUGAAAGGUGUAUCAUUCUCUGUGGAACCGCAGGAGAAAAUAGGCAUUGUAGGAAGAUCAGGCUCAGGGAAGUCGUCUCUCGGAGUGGCUUUGUUCCGCCUAGUGGAGGCAGCUUCAGGGACAAUCAUCAUCGAUGGCAUCGACAUCAGCAAGGUGUCUCACUACAAUCUGAGGUCCAAACUGGCCAUCAUUCCUCAGGAUCCUGUUCUCUUUGUUGGAACAGUCAGAUAUAAUCUCGACCCGUUCAGUGAGCAUGCUGAGGUGUCACUGUGGGAUGCCCUUCAGAAGUGCCACGUCAAAGACACGAUAGCAAACCUUGAUGAAAAGCUUGAAGCCAUGGUUGUUGAGAAUGGAGAAAACUUCUCAGUGGGAGAACGACAACUCCUCUGUCUGGCUCGGGCUCUGCUAAGACACAGCAAGAUCCUGAUGCUGGACGAAGCUACGGCAGCUAUCGACACGGAGACGGACACGCUGGUGCAGACAACCAUCAAAGAGGCGUUCUCCGACUGCACCAUGCUGAUCAUCGCUCACCGUCUGAACACCGUCCUCAGCUGCGACAGGAUCAUGGUCAUGGAGGACGGCAAGGUUGCCGAGUUUGACAAACCAUCAGCGCUCAUGUCAAGGCCUGAUUCCAAGUUCAAGGCCAUGUUAGAAGCCACAGAGAGCCAACAGAACUCAUCAUGACAGGGAUCACAGAUUUAAUAGUUUUGCCAGUGAGACGCAAACCAUCUUGGGGGUUGCUGUGAGAAGUAUGCUGCCGUGAACAUUUCUAUUUUCAUAUAUAUUGCUGUAUCAGCGACAUGCAUCCGCAGCAUUUGAUUGGAUAAUUACUGCCAACAGUGUGAGAAUCUGAUUGGACAGGACACCAAGUCAGAGUUUGAUUGGAUAACUACUGCCUCAAUUGUCAGAUUCUGAUUGGACAAGACAUCAAGCCAGAAUAUGAUUGGAUGACUACUGCCUCCAGUGUCAGAUUCUGAUUGGACAAGACAUCAAGCCAGAAUAUGAUUGGAUAACUGCUGCCUCCAGUGUCAGAUUCUGAUUGGACAAGACAUCAAGCCAGAAUAUGAUUGGAUGACUACUGCCUCCAGUGUCAGAUUCUGAUUGGACAAGACAUCAAGCCAGAAUAUGAUUGGAUAACUACUGCCUCCAAUGUCAGAUUCUGUUUGGACAAGACAGCAAGCCAGAACUUGAUUGGAUAACUACUGCAUCCAGUGUCAGAUUCUGAUUGGACAAGACAGCAAGCCAGAACUUGAUUGGAUAACUACUGCCUCCAGUGUCAGAUUCUGAUUGGACAAGACAGCAAGCCAGAACUUGAUUGGAUAACUACUGCCUCCAGUGUCAGAUUCUGAUUGGACAGGACAUCAAGUCAAAAUGUUUUUAGUUCCUGUGACUGAGAUGUGAAUCUGAUUGGGUAAUGUCUGUAGCCAGUGAGACAAUCUGAAUGGAUGAUUACUGUUGCUGGUGUGAGAAUCUGAUUGGACAGGACAUCAAGCCAGAAUCUGAUUGGAUAGUUACCGCAGCCAGUGUAAGAAUCUGAUUGGAUAAUAACUGCAGCCAGUGUGAGAAUCUGAUUGGAUAAUAACUGCACCCAGUGUGAGAAUCUGAUUGGAUGGGACAUAGAAACAAAUCUGAUUCGAUAAUUACUGCACUCGUGUCAAAAUCCGAUUCGAAAAAAUCUGAUUGGAUAGUUUCAGUAGCCAGUGUGAAAAUGUGGUCUGAUAAUUCCUCUACUGGAUGUGAGAUUCUGAUUUGACAUGACUUGGAGCCAAUCACUGGAUGGACAGGAGGACUACACGUACAGGAAUAUUAUCACCAGGAGAUGUGGGACAUGAAGUGAAUGGAACAAUGUUCAGUGUAUUAUUACACAGAAUCUUCCAAAUCAGAAUCAAACGGAAGGAUGCAUUUUGUAGGUUUGGACAAAACUCUUUGGUCACUAGUGACAGGAGAAUUUAUAUUCUUCAAAAAAAGUAGGGGAACUUCAUUUUUAAUUUACGAUUGAAAGGCGUGGGCAGUAUAUCGGAGUCAAUCAAUAUUGAUAUAAUAAUUAUGAAUGUUUUGAGAGUGCAUCACCACUUGCACUUCCUUAUGACCAUUGUUUGGACAGUAAUUGCUCUCGAAAGAUGAUUGGUGUAUGAUGUGAAAUUUGCUUGUAUACAAUUUUCAUUUUCAAGCCAAAAAUAUGGCUAGAAACAAACACUAACAACUGUGUGAUGCAAGAUGACUGUCAAAAUUAA